UCGUAAAUGUACACAUGUACAUACUUAUUUUAAGUAAUUUAAAGGAAACUUGCAUACACAAGUAGUUCCAUUGUACAUACGCUUGGUAUGCAAUUAGUAUUGUAACAAUGAAGUGCAUACCAUCAUUAAUACGUUCACAUACCGAACUUUAUUUUUGGUUGGGUGAUUGUCCAUUGCCAUGUCCAGCACUGCAGUGGUGUUAGGAGCACCGUCAAGUGAAGUACACAGAAAUUCCAAGAAUCAGGAAACUUUCACGCCGUCUAUUUCUGUCCGCGUCCUGCGUGGAAAAACCCUACACAGUUCUUUACAUGCGUAGUUUAAUACGCUAACGGACAAAGUGGGAGCCAGAUUUUUGUGAACUUAAAUAGUUUACAUUAACGGACGAAUUACUGGGAGCCAUAUUUUCUGAAAUUUUGUGAUCUUGUGCAAUUAAACUUUUUAUGCAGUUUACAAAAAAAAAUAAAUAGUUUAUUUAAUAUACUAAAGGACAAAGUGAGAGCCAGAUUAUGUGCAGUUUUAUGCUUAUUCACAAUUGAAUAGCUUUCUUAAUACAUAAACGGGUGAAUUGCUGAGUGCAAGAUUUUCUGCAAUUUUUUUGCAAUUUUUUGCAAUUAAAUUAUUUUACACAGUUUACAAAUAAGAUGUCCCCCAUAAAAACCUGCCUUCUCGCCCUCUUCUUCCUCUUCCUCUACCUCUCGAUAUCCAUCCCGCUCCGAACCUACAAAGCAAUCGUGACCUUUUUCCGCCUCUUAACCCGACGCCGGUUGGGAACCCAGUUAACCGCGUACGACGCCAUUUUCGCCGUGGACGAUGUCACCCAUCCGCACGGGGCGAACGUUACGCUGCUCUUUUUUGAGGGGGAGAUAACCCUUGAAAAAGUCGUGGCGAAGGUUGAAGAGCUUAUAAAAUUGGACAAUUUUUCGAAAUUAAGACAGAAAAUGGUGAAUUUUGGUGGAUAUUUUUACUGGAGUGAAGUGUCCAACGUCCGGGUGGAAGAUCAUGUCAGAAUGGGGGCAAGAUUUGACCCUUUGUUGGAGGAGGAGGAGCAUGAUGGGGUGCUAAAUAGAUUUUUGAGUGGAGAAAUGAUUGCCCCUUUUCGGGAAGGUUCACCCCUCUGGAAUGUGACGCUACUACCCGGGUAUAAAUGUGGCGGAUCGGUGCUUGUGAUCCGGAUUCAUCACACGUAUGCGGAUGGGUACUCGCAAAAUUAUUUGGUGGAUUGUCUACUGGGUGUGAGGAGUGGGUAUUUCGUCAAGCCGAAGAAGAACGAGGGGUGGAGAGAUAGUCUCUCCCUCCUCCUGAGGAGUACGAGGAUGAUGGCCACCCUCUAUCAAGAAGCGCUCGCUGCCCCCACGAAUAUAUACACCUGUCCGAAAAGGGCAACUUCCGGUGUCAUCGCCAUGGCAACGCUGCCCUUAUCCACGUAUAAGAUGAUCAGAAGGAAAACUGAUACACAUUUUGCUUCGAUCGGAAUGUCGUUGAUGAUCGGAGCGUUACGUCGCUUCCAUGCAGAAACCAUGACUCCCACCGAGCUUGAAUCUUAUCUACCUAAACUUGUCGGGAUAAUGCAUGCCCUCCCAAAACCGGGCCAUCCCCUCACAAAACUGGUUAAUCAUUGGGGCGUCGGACUUUUCAAAAUUCCCACCCUGGCUGACCCACUCGAGAGAUUAAUAAAAACGGAGGAACAUUUCAAGUCAUACACGGGUCAAGGAUAUGACGAGUUGCUCCACGUGCUCAUGCGUGUCCUGGGUUGGGCGCCGAACGUCGUGUUGAAAAAGUUCUUUGGUUUGAAUUUUGGAACCUCAAUGGGAUUCACGAGCGUUCCCGCGAUAAGUGAGCGGGUCAAAUUUGACGGUGUGACGGUACAAAGCAUGGGAAAAGUUUUCGGAUUACAGUGGAAACAGUCAGCUUUUGCCACCGCUGUGUAUACCCACGCCGACUUGGCGAGUAUUACCUUGUACGCUAAUCGAGACAUUGUCCCCGAUCAGGCGGGUAUGGAUCGGGUCGCUGGAUAUUUGCGCGAUGAAUUUAGUGAGCUGGCGAAACAGGUUGAUCACGCUUACAAGCGGGGGUUGAAAUUGGGAUAAGGUCACGUGGCAAUUUUUCGUCAUCCCCUCAUCGGUAAAUAUUGCAAUAUCUAGUUAGUUAUUUAUGCGUACGUAUUUGUAUGAUUAACCCGUAAAUUUACUAAUUUUUUUAGAAGUAAUAAUAAUCAUCGAAAUUUUGAUAGGUUUUUAUGUACUUUUGCUUAAACAAUUUUGUAUCGUCGUUUUGUAACUCGUAAUAUAUAUAUGUAUGUAGGUAUGCAUACAUACAUACGUACCUAACGAAAAUUGGUGCACCUGAAUUAAACUAAUGUUGUUAUAAAUAAUUACAAUUUUUUACUUGGCGUAAUAAAUGAUUUAAUCAGAUAAUCAAUUUAUAUUAUGUAAAUAUCGUUAUACACACAAUCAUAAUAUUAAAUGUCGGAAAAACUGACCACCAAUGACGUAAUGUUUUCAUCAUAAUGAAAUCAUUACAUGGUUUCCAUGCUGUGAACAUAAUUUAAAAAAGGAAAACCUCGCACCCUCUAUUUAUUCUUUGUAGAUAGCUGUAUAGAUGUACAAUUUAUUACCAUUAAGACAUUCCAAUUAUUUAUAAAACCAUUCCUUUCAUUUACUGAAUAAAUGCGACGCUGAAUUGAUUUGACGUAAAUA